CUAGAUGUCGCUGUUCCCUGAUUUCCUCCGCUCAGAUAAACAUGGCUCAGCAGUAAAAGUUAAGAGGGAAUCACUUCCUGGUCAGUGCAGAUCCGAGGCGAGCCACUGAACAAUUCUCGGGGUUUAUUUGAAGUUUUUCGAACCAAACGUCGGAUAAUUCCAUCCCCGGUUCUGAGGAGACAACAUGGCGACCACCAUCAGCACCCAGCGGGGACAGGUGUACAUCGGGGAGCUUCCUCAGGACUUCCUGCGGAUCACCCCGACCCAGCAGCAGCAGCAGGUCCAGAUGGACGCCCAGGCAGCACGACAGCUGCAGUACGGAGGUUCUAUCGGCACCGUGGGCCGGCUCAGCAUCACUGUGGUCCAGGCCAAACUGGCGAAAAACUACGGCAUGACUCGGAUGGACCCGUACUGCAGAAUCCGACUGGGGUAUGCAGUUUAUGAAACGCCAACCGCACACAAUGGAGCCAAGAACCCACGCUGGAACAAAGUGAUCCAGUGCACGGUCCCUCCUGGGGUGGACUCCUUCUACCUGGAGAUCUUCGAUGAGAGGGCGUUUUCCAUGGAUGACAGGAUAGCGUGGACUCAUGUGACCAUCCCCGAAGGCCUCAGAGAGGGCAGCGUGGUGGACGAAUGGUUCAGCCUCAGUGGAAGACAAGGCGACGACAAAGAGGGCAUGAUUAACCUAGUCAUGUCCUUCGCUUCUCUACCAGCUGGAAUGAUGACUCAGCCGGUCGUCCUGAUGCCGUCGGUGUAUCAGCAGGGAGUUGGAUACGUGCCCAUUGCAGGAGUUCCUGCCGUCUAUAACCAGGGCAUGGUGCCCAUGGCGGUGCCGGCCACCAUGCCUGCCGCCGGGGGCCCGGGCCCCGUGUGCAGCGAGGAGGACCUGAGGGCCCUGCAGGACAUGUUCCCCAACCUGGACAAGGAGGUGGUCCGCACCGUGCUGGACGCUCAGCAGGGAAACAAGGACGCUGCCAUAAACUCUCUGCUGCAGAUGGCUGAGGAGCUUUAACUGCAGCCGUUAACGCGGAUAUGCCAACACACACACACACAUGCAUGCACACAUCCCACUACGAACAGUCUUGAUUAACAGAACGGCCUCCCUCUGCGUCCCUCAGAGGGCGGGGCAUGUGUCUCCGCCCACCGUCCACCGACAAAGACGUCCGCCUCCUGUCCCUGAAGGUCCAACGGUCCACCUUCUGUCUAUCCGCUAAAACCGCGCUCGGUCAAACUGACCCUCGAUGCUCAACACUCCUCACCUCCGCUUCUGGUUGUAAGUGAUGUCAGUCUCAUUGUCUCCAUGGUAACCGUGGACGCUGAGCGUAGACGCAGACCAGACACAGACCACAGGCCUCGACCGACCCGCUUCAGUGUCUGUAAGAACCCGUUUCUGUUUAAUGUAGAUGUAAAAUUCUUUGAGUUCAGAAUCUGAGAAUUCUAGAAGUAAUAAAUUAUUCUGUGGUGACGAAAAACAAACGAAUGAAGAAACGAGCGCAGGUUUUAUUGUGCAGCUCAGCGCAGAUACAGCGUAUCAAACAAAAAAAAAACCCUUUUCACUGUUUUUAUGUAAUUUAUUUACAAUAAGUGAAGUGAUGUUACGAGUUAAUGUCCUGUAGAGUCACAUUUGAAAAUAAAAUAUCUUUAAAGUUUCAAUAAAGACAGUGUGAUCACGAGCAGAAUGAAGAAGUGAUGAAGUCAAGACGUUAUUUCAGCUCAAUAUUCACUGAAGUGAAACCAAAACACUUUUAUUUACACACAGACAGUAGCAGCUGAUUUUAGUUCAAUUCUGUUUUGAGUCGACACAUUAUUUACUCACAUAGAUACUUUUUUGGGGAAAAAAGUCAAGGUAUUGUUUUGGCUUCUGUACUAAUAUACAAGCUCUGAAACGUACAAAAAGAGUGAAACUAGAAAGUGUUUCUCUCUCUAGUGGCUGUUUGGAGGUUGGAUUCAGAACGCUGGACGCUCCAUCGUCUUCUCUCAUUCAACUCAACACAAACAUAUUCAUCGUAGGCGACAGGAAACACCAGGGUUUAUUUACUCUGACUGACACGUAUUAGAUAAUCUGUUUAAUUGCCCUUAAAUUGAGAGAAAAAGAACAUUCCUUUUAAGUUUUUUUACAUGGUUGAUGAAAAUGAAAAUGAAAAUUCCACCAGUAUUCCUGUUUACAUGAAGCAUCACACACUCCACAGUUUCCCACUGGUGACACAUGUUCCAUCAUCCACUUCUCCUUCCCUCCAUCAAAUACUGUCAACGGAUCAGUAUUUAUUCAUAUCUUAAAACCUGCUGAUAUUGUCCAUCAUUAUGUUUAACAGUAGCAACACAGUCUGGAU